AUGCGAGUGGUCAGCUACAACCCGCUCACAUUGUGCAGACGCCUCCGCGCCGAGGAGAUCAGCCAGGAGCUUGAGCGCUACGACGUGGUGGCGCUGCAGGGCACGCAGCUGAAGUGGAGCGGGGGUGGGGAUGUCUCGAAGCAGACCCUGCCGAAUCAUGAUGCGCUGCACUGGGGAUGGGGUCGAGGCGUGCACACUAACAAGGCGUGCGGUGUCUCGAUUCUCUUCAAGAAGGGGUUCAAGGUGCUGAAGCUGCUGGCGCCGCCACCGGCCUUGAGGGGGCGCGGCGGCGGUGCGCGCCUGAGGAGGGGUGCACUGGACAUACUGGUGCUGGCUCUGUACUUCCCCGUGCGGGGGCUGGCGGUCCAGCGGGCGGCGGCGGACGCGCUCUUCACGUGGACGCAGCGCUGCCUCAUGGAUACCCCCACUCGCUGCACGCCACUGCUGUGUGCCGACCUCAACGACGGGCUGGGCAUGGUCAAGUACGAGGCGGGGGUCUUUUCGCCCUUGUCGGAGGCCAUCGGGGGGGUCGAGCCUGCGCUGGAGCACGAGUCUGGGACUGCGUGGAGACGUCUCUGCGAGGACUGGGGGCUCGCCACGGUCAACACCUUCUAUGAGGGCUACACGUUCUCGGGCCCCACGGGGGCCAGAUCUAGGCCAGAUGUGAUCGCGCUGCCCCGCGAGCUCAUGUCGAGCGUGGACGGCUGCAAACCUCUCGACGCGAUCGGCGACAGGUUGCAGGCAAUUCGUGCGAGAGGCAGGAGGGAUCACACUCCAUUGGGAGUGUCGGUGAUCAUCACGCCUGUGCACCCCGAGAUCCUGCCCAGGAGCGUGAGGGCGCAGUGGGAUAUGGACGCUUGCAUGCAGGCCCUGAAGCAUCACCAGGGGAAGGUGGAGUUCUUGAGGGAGCUGGAGCGCCAGUGCGAGGGCAUGGUCCGCCCGCACUUGGAGGAGGAGCUGGGCCCCGACGAGGCGUGGGAGGAGCUGGUGGAGGUGGUGCGCGAGGCGGGCCUGGCGCACUUCGGCAUCAGGGCGCGCGACACGAGGGAGAUCGAGGAGGCGACGGCCCAGCGCAAGAAGCUACUGCAGGAGCGGGCCGCCAUUCGCCGUCGGCACGUCGUUGAGGGCGAGGCGGCGGCUUCGACGGACGACGAGGUGGAGAGGUGCGUGCGCGAGCUCAGGGACGCCACGCGCCGCCUGCAUGCGCUGCAGCGGCAGCAGCGCAGGCGGCUUCGCGCGGUGCGCUGCGAGGCGCUGGCGGAGGCCGAGCGGGUGGGCGACGCGGCCUCGGUCUGGAGGCUGGCCCACCUGCUGGGCGAGCGGGGGAUGGGCACGCGCCGUCGGGUGUACUGCACCCCACGACUGGAGCGCACGGCGGCUGCGCGGCGCAUGCUACUCAAGGGUCCUGGGCGGCUGGGGGGCUACGCGGCAACGGAGCUGGACACGAGGCCGUACCUGGAGCAGUUGAGGCCCCCGCUGGCCAGGUGCUGCUCGGCGCUGGCGGCCGAGGAGGCGGUGAAGCAAGACCUGAAGGAGCUGGAGCAGCGCCUACGGAAGAGGAUGCAGCCCAGGCGGGCGGCGCCGCCCUGGUCGGCGCCUGUGCCUGUUUGGAGGAUGUGUCUGGAGCCGCUGACGGCGGCGGCGCUGGGCGGGGGCAUCGGCUACAGGUCGGAGCCUCCGAGCAUGAAGGCGUUCAGGGAGCGGAUGCUGCACUGCUUGGCUCUUGUUCGCGUGUUCCAGGCGGCUCCCCUCGCGUGGUCCAGGUCCAGGGCUGCGGACAUCGGCAGGAUCAUCCAUGUGAUGUGCCCCAUCGGCAAGUGCUACACCUCGGUGCUGGCGGCGAGGGCCCAGAAGGGGAAGGCGGCGCCGAACGACUUCGGCUUUGUCUCUAGGCGCUCUAGGGACGGGGCGUUGGUGGUUGCUGCGGUGGUGGCAGAGCGGGCUGCGCACUUCGGCCUCACGGCGCUCACGAGCUUCAAGGACCUGAGCAAGGCGUUCCAGUGCCCGUCCGUGCGUGACAUGCUGCGGGGGCUGGAGGGCAUGGUGCGCGAAGAGGACCACCCCAUCGUGUCUCGCAGGGUCCUCGACUACCACUGCGAGGUGGAGACGGCCGAGGGAGUGCUGCGCAUGAAGACCAACCAGGGCGUGCUCAUCGGUGACUCGCUGGGCCCCCCGCUCUUCCUUGAGGUCUUCACGCCGGUGGCGACGGAAUGGGCCAUCGAGGACUCGGGUCGCCCCGACGCGCAGCUGCUGGAGGCGAAGUCCGUCGUCACGGGCACCGUGCUGGACCUCAGCCUCACGAAGUUCGCGGACGACCUUUGCAAGCGCUUCGUUUCGUGGUGCCACGACACUGUUAUCAAGAACCACAAGGCCUCCGACGAGCUGCUGGACAGGCUGUUGGAGCCGCGAGGUUUUCAACAGAACAUCUCCAAGCAGUACACCAUGUGUGCCUUCCGUGGCGUGGGGGCCAGGGCCUGGACGAGGUCCUUCUUCGCGGGCAGGCUCGGCAUGCGGGGCAACUGCUCGACGGUCGCCCGCUACCUCGGCCCGUUGCUGCACUUCCAGGGCGGCCUGGCGGCGGAGGCCAGGGCUCGGGUGGCGGCGGCCACGCGGGGCUUCGCGGACAUGGGGCCGUUCUGGAAGUCCGAGGUCUCCGUCGAUGUGGUGCGCCAGGUCUUCCGCUCUAAGGUGCUGGGGGCCAUCCUCUCGGGGACGGCUGCGGUUGUGCCCACGCAGUCUUUCCUGACGGUGUCGAGGGGCGUCCUGGCGGAGGAGGGCUACCAGCACAGGGCCAUGCCCGCCCAGGUCGUGCGUCAGCUGCUGCAGAUGGCGGACAUCGAGACCGAGUUGCGCGUGGUGAGGCUCGGGUUCAUGAAGUGCAUGGUGCGGCAUCCAGAGGAUCACGAGAUGGAGCUCACGGCGCUGUUUGGACAGCUGCCCUUCGUGUUGCAGCCUGUGUUGGGCGAGGGCGGCCGUCUGGGCGAGGGAGCAUCGGCGCUCGCGAGGCCGCUGGUGGACGACAUGAAGCUGCUCAUGGUCGCGUCGGAGCGCGUGGACUUGCUGGAGGUGUGGGGCGGACGCCCCCUCCUGCUGCUGGAAGGAACCCUGCGAGAGGAAGUCCUUCAGCUGGAUCCGCGAGUGCUUCGAGUUCGCGGCUGGGCGGCCCAGUGCCCACCGUCGCGGGAGGUGCCUGCGGCGGUACGGCAUCGCUGGUGGACCCUACAUGGCGACCACUUUCGGCCCGCACGUGAACCGCCUGGCCUCAUCGACAUCGGGGACUUUGAGUUCGUGUGCCAGGAGCCCUGCGCGGGGGGCCUGUGCGGGGCCGCCUUCUGCUCGGAGCGUGCUCUGCUGUGGCACAAAAUCAGCUCCCACAAGUAUCGGGCG